GUCGCGAGCUCCCUGCCGCCUUUAACAGCCCUCACGGCAGCGGUAUCGUUCACAGAAAGCCGACGAGAGAGGUUGUCCUUGCGACCGAGGCGUGCCGGUGCUUGCAAACGCGUGCCGAAAUUGAGUGUCCCUUUCCCCUCCGCCAGCCUGCCGCCAACUUCUCGUUGUCACUGUCGACGACGAUGGCGAUGAUGGCACCCAUCGCCGACCAUCGUACGCCCGCUGGGCACCCUUUCUUUCAGUAUCUCGUCGCUGCCCUCUCCGUUUACGAGCUUGGUCCUUCGUCAGUCCCCGUGCCCAAGUAUGACGGCCCCUCCGACUGGCAGACCGAUAGCAUCCUCCGCUCUCUCACCGCGGUCGCGCGCCGCAUGUACACCGCCGAAGAGGCCCUCGCAGCCAUCAAGGCGUCCGAACAUUGCGGCCCAGAGUCCAAGAAACGCCGGAGCGUCGGCGACAGCCCGCCCAUCAGCAGCGCCAGCUCGUCGAGCUCCCGGAGCGACGGCGCCGAGGCCAACAGCUCCAUUAGCCAGACCGCGGCAUCCACCUCGCCAUUCUUCGUCGGCACCCCCAGUAGCUCCGUGGAGAGCAUCCCGAGCACAAUGGAGGAAGGUCAGCACACAGACAACGUUGAUAAGGACGUCGAGAUGUUCGACGCCGGCGCCGACGCAGAGGGGGAGGCUGAAGUCGAGAGCGAAGAGUCCACGCCCCAGGCGCAGCAAUCGCGCGGGCGCAACGGCCUCCGCCGCACACCGUCGCCGAUGAGCAUCUCGCUCAAGGACGUCGUGAACCCGCUCGACCACCCGAGGACGUUCAAGAUGAAGCAGAUCGGCCCGCAGUCCGCACCGCCGACGUCGACCGCGGAGAGCGCAUACUGCCCGCACUGUGGCAAGAACCUCUACAACAACUUCGACGUCAACGCACCGCCGCUCAGCUCGCCGCUGGUCGUCCCGAUCGGCCCGCUCGCUGCGGCCGCAUUCGAGAGCGGCAUGAGCGCUGUCGAGGAGCUCAAAUUGCUCAAGGCUCAGGUUCAGGACGUCGCGCGGGUCUGCAAUGCUGUCGCCCGCGGCGACCUGUCUCAGAAGAUUACGGUUCCCGUGCAGGGUGUGGUCAUGGUUCAGCUCAAGGAAGUCAUCAAUGCAAUGGUCGACCAAUUGAGUGCUUUCGCGUCCGAGGUCACUCGUGUCAGUCAGGAGGUCGGAACGGAAGGCAAGCUCGGUGGUCAAGCGCUGGUGCUCGACGUCGAAGGUACAUGGCGCGAACUCACUGGUGUCGUCAACAAGCUCGCCGCGAACUUGACGAGCCAGGUCCGGUCUAUCGCAAAGGUCACAAAGGCGGUCGCCAUGGGCGACUUGUCGAAACAGAUCGACGUCGACGCCCGCGGUGAGAUCCUCGAGCUGAAGAACACGGUUAACGGCAUGGUACUCCGACUCAGGACAUUAGCAAAGGAAGUCACACGUGUUACGCUGGAAGUCGGUUCGCAAGGUAAACUGGGUGGUCAGGCGGAUGUGCCGGAUGUAGAGGGUGUUUGGCUGGACUUGACACGGAAUGUCAAUCGGAUGUGUUCAAGUUUGACAGACCAGGUGCGGUCAAUCGCAAAGGUGACGACGGCGGUCGCAAAGGGAGAUUUGACGCAGAAGAUUGAGAUCGAGGUCGAGGGUGAAAUGUUGACGCUGAAGCAGACGGUGAACUCCAUGGUGGACCAGCUGAGCGCGUUCGCAUCCGAAGUUACGCGUGUCGCACUGGAGGUCGGUACGCAGGGUAUUUUGGGUGGUCAGGCGAGGGUCGAGGGUGUGCAGGGUACUUGGGCCGACUUGACUCGCAAUGUCAACAAAAUGGCCACCAAUCUGACGGAUCAGGUGCGGUCGAUCUCAGAAGUCACGAAGGCUGUCGCAAACGGCGACCUCGGUCGAACCGUCAACGUCGACGUUCAGGGAGAAAUGUUAGACCUGAAGACAACUGUCAACCAGAUGGUUGCCCGACUCUCCGUGUUGGCAAGCGAGGUCACGCGUGUGUCCUUGGAGGUCGGUACCGAGGGUAUGAUGGGUGGUCAGGCCUACGUACCAGACGUCCAGGGCAUGUGGAAGGUCUUGUCGGACAAUGUCAACUUGAUGGCCAUGAAUCUGACGAACCAAGUGCGGUCGAUCGCCGAGGUGACGAAGGCCGUCGCUGGUGGUGAUUUGACAAAGCGGAUCACAGUCGACGUACGCGGAGAGAUGCUUGACUUGAAGAAGACCGUCAACGGCAUGACAGAGAGUCUCAGUGUCUUCGCCGAUGAGGUCACUCGUGUCGCGAAGGAAGUCGGUACCGAGGGUAAGCUGGGCGGUCAAGCACGUGUGCCUGGCGUGGGCGGUGUCUGGAAGGAUCUGACGGACAAUGUCAACGUCAUGGCUGCCAACUUGACCUUACAAGUGCGAACAAUCGCGGUGGCGACGAGAUCCGUCGCUCGCGGUGACUUGACCCGCAAGGUCACUGGUGUCUCGGUAUCCGGAGAAAUGCUCGACUUAGUGAACACUAUCAACUCUAUGAUUGACCAGUUGGCCAUCUUCGCUGCCGAGGUCAAGAAGGUCGCUCGAGAGGUCGGAACCGAGGGCAAGCUUGGUGGUCAGGCUGAGGUCGGCAAUGCAGAGGGUGUCUGGCAGGACAUCACCAUGUCCGUCAACACCAUGGCGAGCAACUUGACGACACAAGUGCGAGGCUUUGCGCAGAUCUCAGCCGCUGCCAUGGACGGUGACUUCAGUCGGUUCAUCACUGUCGAAGCCAGCGGAGAAAUGGACUCCUUGAAGACGCAGAUCAAUCAGAUGGUCUUUAACUUGCGUGACAGUAUACAGAAGAACACUGCCGCAAGGGAGGCCGCUGAGCUGGCGAACAGGAGUAAGUCGGAGUUCUUGGCCAACAUGUCGCAUGAGAUCAGGACGCCGAUGAACGGUAUCAUUGGUAUGACGGAGUUGACACUCGACAGUGACCUCGAUAGGUCGCAGCGCGAGAGCUUGCUCUUAGUCCACAGCUUGGCUCGCUCGUUACUUCUCAUCAUCGACGACAUUUUGGAUAUUUCUAAGAUUGAAGCGGGUCGCAUGACCAUGGAGCAAGUGUCGUAUUCACUGCGCCAGACUGUCUUCGGCAUCCUCAAGACCUUGGUUGUUCGAGCGUCCCAGAACCAGCUCGACCUCACAUACGACAUCGACCCCGAGAUUCCUGAUCAGCUCAUCGGAGACUCCUUGCGCUUACGCCAGGUCAUCACCAACCUCGUCGGCAAUGCUAUCAAGUUCACGCCAUCGAGGGCCGCGUUCAAGGGCCAUGUCGCCCUCAGCUGCAGGUUGCUCGCGCUCGACGACCACUAUGUCACCCUGGAGUUUUGCGUCUCCGAUACAGGUAUUGGUAUCGCGAGGGACAAGCUGACGAUGAUCUUCGAUACCUUCUGCCAGGCCGACGGUUCGACAACAAGGGAAUACGGAGGCACCGGUCUUGGCUUAUCCAUCUCGAAGCGCCUUGUCACCCUCAUGCAGGGUAACAUGUGGGUCGAGUCGGAGGUCAACUCUGGCUCGAAGUUCUUCUUCACGAUCACAUCGCAAAUCAGCCCCAUGUCGAUGGACGGUACCAUUGCCAAGAUGCAGCCGUACCUCGGGCGUCGCAUCCUCUUCGUCGAUACCCUGUACGAUCAGACUGGUGUAGCCCACCGGAUCAUGGAGCUGAACCUCGUUGCGCUUGUCGUCCACGAUGUUGCCGACGUCAAGGACAAGGAUCACACCCCGACAAUCGAUACAAUUAUUGUGGAUGGUCUUGAAGUGACGGAGCGCUUACGGGAGCACGAGCACCUCCGGUAUAUCCCGAUCGUGCUGCUGACACCGCAGUCAACGCCGCGUCUGAACUUGAAAUGGUGUCUCGACAACAGCAUCUCCUCGCAAGUCACAACGCCGGUGACGGCCCAAGACCUCGCAUCCGCUCUCAUCGCAGCGUUAGAGUCAAACACAGUUACCCCUGUCGUGGCUGCGAACGACUUGCCAUUCGAUAUACUCAUUGCCGAGGACAACCUUGUCAACCAGAAACUGGCAGUCAAGAUCCUCGAGAAGUACGGCCACCGUGUUGAGAUCGCGGAGAAUGGUCAGCUGGCUGUGGAUGCUUUCAAGACGCGAAGCCAGAGGAAUGCGCCGUUCGACAUCAUCCUGAUGGAUGUCUCGAUGCCGUUUAUGGGUGGUAUGGAAGCGACUGAGCUGAUCCGAGCAUACGAGUUGGCACACGCGCUGGAUCCUGUGCCCAUCAUUGCGUUGACUGCUCAUGCCAUGAUUGGUGACAGGGAACGCUGCCUGCUAGCCGGGAUGGAUGAUCACAUCACCAAGCCAUUGCGGCGAACGGACCUCAUGAAUACCAUCAACCAGCGUGUCGGAGAGCGGAGGGCGCGGGAGAUGCAGCUGCGGCAUCAACAUCGCAAAGCGGCAGCUGCCUUUCGAGACUUUCGGUAAUCCGUUCGCGUUGUCUUGGCCUGGUAGUCCGUCUUGUAUCGCUUGACUGUUCUGCUCGCAUUAUUGUCUCCGUCUUCGCAGUCCUCACGCACUGUACCAGUAUCAUCGUAUGUUAGCAGAUGCUAUAUGUCUCUCACUAGCCGUGUAAUUCAUGUAUCUACCGUUAUUGCUGUUUCCGUUUCCCUCCUUCACUCCGCUUGCGUCCUGUCUGGCCAUAGUUAUAUAUACGAAUGACAAGGCUCAUGCACUCA